GAGCUCAAGGAGCUGGUGAGGUUCGCGAUGGUCUCGGAGAAGGAAGAGGGCGAGGAGGCGAGGGGCAGGGUCCACUGGAAGCCUUGGCCCCUCAUCGCGCGCGAUCUUGCCUUGGAAGGCUUCCCCACGAGGCCAGCUCAGCUGAGCGAGUUCCGCCGCCGCUGCAUGAGCAACCAGUACGCUGUCAUUGAGGACCCCAACAAUACUGGCUGCUGGUUGAUCGGUGAGUACCAGGGCAUCCUCGCAGAUCAGGUCACCGCCAGCAGGGUCAAAGCCACCGCCGUGAAGGAUGGAGACACGAGCUCCCGGGCGAACCUCGAUAAGUUCAUGCAGGCAAUGACGCGCGCCCUGGAUCAGUCCCGCCAGGGCAGCAUGCACGCCAUCAGCGACUUGCCCAACGAUGGCAGUGCAGCGGCCGCUGCGCCGCCCGAGACGUACGUCAACGGCGUCCACGCGCCCCCUUCGUCGGAGCUCAACGUGCAGGACGUGGCGAACUUCGGCGCUGCGUUCACCUGCUCCUUGCAGCAGGAGCAGGAGAGGCGGGAUGCCCAGAAGCGGUACCAGGCCAUGAUCCUUGCUGAGGACGUCGCGGCCAAGAAUCACGUGCAGCAGACUAGCGGCAAGGCUGUGAACAUCGCGCAGGCUCGCUUUCAGGCGGACAAGGCGAUCGACGCUCAGAGCAAGAAGAUGGCGGCCCAGCUGCAAGCCCAGGCGAACGAAGCCCUCUCGGUGGAGGAGUUCAUUAAGGCCAGGGUCUCGAAGGAGGAGCUGGCGUCGGAGGCCUGGAAGCCCACGAUGGACAAGCUGGCCAGCGUCAAGGAGUCGCUUCAGGUGGAGUUGGCUCGCAUCGAUCGCGUGGCAGGCGAGAUGCUGGCCACGAUCAGGAACCCCUGUUGGGGCGGCAAUUCGAAGGCCCUGCGGGAGGAGUUGAAGGCGUUGAGCGACUCGCAGAAGGACGUUGAUUCCCAUGCCGUCGUGACCAAGAGGCACAUCAGCGACGCCAAGGCGCAGUGGGCCAAGAAGCAGGAGGUCGGCGUUGGUAAGAAACGCAAGUCGACGGAUGAUGCGCCGCAGAUGGAGGUCGCCCUAGACAGCAACCUCGGCCCCAUGAUGCAGGUCGUCGCGGCUGAGACGCGCGGCAAGCCCAUCAACGUCUCGGACGACCUCGCUGCCCUGAGCGCGGGCAAGAUCACCGUGGUGGCGGCCCCCGAGCGGUGCAAGGAUGUGGAGGCGGCGGCCGGCUGGAAGGCUUGCGAGUCGUGGAUGCGUGGCAAGGUGGAGCUCUGGGGCUCGCAGGGCGCUGCGCCCGCUUUCGGCUCCGUGGUCCAGCCAGCGGUGUUGGCUCAGAUCCGCAUGCUCAGCCAGCUGGAGAAGAAGGAUGUUGGGCACGUCUUCCGCACCGCCUUCAUCGCUUCGGGGCCCAAGGAGCAGGCGCUGUUCAAGGUGCUGUAUGGGGCCCAGUGCUUCAUCAUCCCGCGCUUGCAUUCCUCGGUGUCGCCUGCGCCGUAUGGCAUGGCCGAGUGCCGCUUGAUCUUGGAGGGCGAGGAGGUGGUAGUGGGGGCCAAGAUGGACGUCAGCGAAGGAGGGCUCGCCUUCCAGGCGGACAUGCUGAAGAACCUGUCAGGCCACGACAUGCUGCGCUUGGCCAAGCAGGGCAACAACUUCUGCUGCGUCCUGAAGGAAGGCGACUUCGCCGUUCUUCCGACGGGCUUCGUCUACGUGAUCUUUCGGAACUCGCUGGUGAAGGGCAUCAGGUGGGGCAUGUCGCCCAAUUGGGAAGGGGAGCUGGCCAGCGUGGAGAAGACGGUCUCUGCCGCCAUAGAGGCCUACCCAGGCAUCCGCGGGACCAUGUACGAGGAGUGGUGGAAGUGGUUGCAGGCCAACGCUGCUGGUCAAGAGGCGCCAGCGGCGUAG